AGCUGAGUGCCCCGACCCUAGGAGUACAAAAAGUGACAGCUUUAGGGCUGGUAGAGCGUGGCUACCCCAUGGCCCCGCUGAGAGGGGCCCCCCAACUGGUGCUGCUGUUCAGCGGGAAGAGGAAAUCAGGGAAGGACUUCGUGACUGAGACGCUGCGGAGCAGACUCGGAGCUGAUGUCUGUGCUGUCCUCCGGCUCUCUGGUCCACUCAAGGAGCAGUACGCACAGGAGCAUGGCUUGAACUUCGAGAGACUCCUGGAUGCCAGCAGUUACAAAGAGGCUCAUCGGAGUGACAUGAUCCGCUGGGGCGAGGAGAAGCGCCAGGCUGAUCCGGGCUUCUUCUGCCGGAAGAUCGUGGAGGGCGUCUCCCAGCCCGUGUGGCUGGUGAGUGACACACGACGGGUGUCUGAUAUCCAGUGGUUUCAAGAAGCCUAUGGUGCUGUGAUGCAGACGGUCCGCAUCAUGGCCUCGGUGGAGAGCAGACAGCAGCGGGGCUGGGUGUUCAUGCCAGGGGUGGAUGAUGCCGAAUCAGAGUGUGGCCUGGACAACUUUGGGGGCUUUGACUGGGUUAUUGAGAAUCAUGGAGAUGAGCAGCAACUGGAGGAGCAGUUGGAGAACCUGCUGGCAUUCAUCCGCUCUAGACUCUGAGUCAGGUUCCAGGAAUGCGCAGGAGCUGCUGGGCCAGACUGAGGCUGACUCUGUGGAGCCCCAGGUCCAGUCCUUACUGACAGGGGGAGGUGGACAGAGUGCUUUGGUCUAGAUAUCUGGGCUCCAGGGGGCUGAAACAUGUCAGGUAAAUCAGGAAAGCUCUGAGGAGUCUGUCUUCUCUGUGGAGAGGUUCCCUCUGUCUUCAGCAGGAUGCUCAAAGGACAAAGGAGGUGAAUGAGCUGUGCUCAAAGCAGGAACAUCACCACCUCCAUUGGUGCCAGACUGUUGGCCUGUGCCAGCCUCAUCUUCCUGUCUGGGUGUGUUCAGCCCCUGGUUUGGGGUUCCCCAGUGUGCUUGAUAAUAAACCUCACUGUAGCGCAUG